AUGGUCGCUAUGUGUGUAAAGGUCCAUGCUUCCUUCAAAAGGUUGCAUGCAAUGCAAGUAACUGGACUUAAUUGUACACAAAUUGUGAGACAUCCAAAAAACUGUUCGAAAGAAAGGUUGAGAAAAACAAGGAGAGCACACAACUUCCCUUGCAUUCUCAUCAACAUCUCCAACUUCGGCGACUAUACUAAGACAAUAGCCCAUGCCUUUUUGCUUAGAAGGGUGUUCAUCAUAUUGGCUCAACAAAAGCCAUCGUCACUUGUGGUUCACACCAACGAAACUGGGAAAGAGAAGGAGAGAGAGUUGGAAGCACCUCUUCUACGCUGUGUUCGUGCUUCACAGAAGCAACACCCACAAGAACAAAGAACGGGAAAAGGCAUCAAUUCCAUAAUAGAGGGGCAAAUUGAGUAG